AUGGUAUCUUGUAAUUUUGUGAGCGCAUUGGUCAACUCGAGCUGGGGCUACUCAUGGGAAGAUGGAUUGUGCGCCAUUGACUCUGCUACCAAGUUGGUACGAGCGCUAGCAAUUGAUCGUAGGAAGUAUGGAUGUGACACCGGCGGCUGCGGCUCUGACCGCUUCUCUAUUCCUGCCCAGCAGCUUGGUUCUUUAUGUGGUGAGCUUGAGAAUGAGAAUGGUGAAGUCAGGAAAGCAAGGAGGUUGAAGAUACCAAUUCGGCAAGAAGGUUACCUUGGAGAAUGCAUUAGGAAAUAUAGAGUGCUUCCAUUUGAUUUAUAUAAAGUAGAGACUGCAUUGGAAUCAUCAAAAGGAGGCACAACUACUGUUAAAGUUAAAGGCCGAAGUGUUGUUCACGAGUCCUCUGGUUUGCAAGAGACGUGUCACAUUCUUGAAGAUGGAAAAAGCAUAUACAAUACAACCCUGAACAUAUCUUACCUGACGCGAGGUGUGAACAGGAAUGAUGAAAAGUUCACUUGCUCCUCAGUUGCUGGACGUCAUGAAUAUGCUUUUAAUGUUCAUACAGGACUGCUAUGCUGGAAUUUGAAAUUAAUGUCAGAGAUGCCACUUGAUAAAGUAAGCAAGGAAGAUGUCCACAAAGGCUUUGAAGCAUUAACUGAUAUACAGAAUUUAUUGAGUAACACUGACAAUCGAGAACUGGCGCUUAGAGAGAGCUUAAUUGUUGCUGCAAGCAAUCGGUUUUUCACUCUUAUACCUUCAAUUCAUCCUCAUAUAAUAGGAGAUGAGGAUGAUUUGAUGGUCAAAGUGAAAAUGCAAAAUCGCCUCUAAACUUGUUGGCUUCGAUAGUGACGAUGACAAAGUCUCUUGAUGACAAGUACAAGAAACUUCGAUGUGCCAUAACCCCCACUGCCUCACGAUACUGAAGAUUACAAGGACUAGUCACUGGAAUUAGAGGAAGUCUUUUUGGUUGAUCGAGAUGGAGAAUUCAACAAGUACUCAAGAUAUAAGAACAAUCUCCACAACAAGAUGAUGUUUAUGGCAUGGUAAGUAAUCUGUCCAGGUGGCUAUUUGAAAAGGUUUAUCUUAAAUAGUUGGAAUCUCUCCUACUUUUAUGUGCUCAGCAUUUGGUGCCAAAAUCUAUGUUUAAGAUCAAAGUUAUUACUUAUUAUCCAUGUACUGUCUUUGCCAUGACAGCGCAUGAGUGCUAAGAGGGUUCGCAGGCAAUCCAAGCGUUGUAAAUGCUUAUUUACCUUCCUAAUUGUUCUUGUGGUUUAGCGCGUGGUGUUACUAUUUUAAAAGGCUACAUUUUCUUAAUUGCACUGAAGAUUUCUUUAAUGCCCCUAAGUAACCCUUU